CGACCGUUCAGCUCCUGAAGCUUUACGCCAAUAACAACACGAAACUGGGCAACAUGCAAAGUCGGAAAGAGUUCCUGCUGAAAUGCCGGCGGAAUGGAGUUGUACCCUCACACAUUCUCCACUCUCUCCGAUGCACAAACGAGCUUCUUGCAUCGAGCAGUCCCUGCAUCAGAAAGCUAUCUUCGACAGUUUCCCGAUUCCAGAAGUCACUGCUAAACAUUGAGAUUCAGGAUACCUGUCAUCGUGUGCGAUCACUAAACCAAGAGCUGGAUGCACUGCGAGAGCAAAUAGUGAGCCACACCGAUCGAGACACAUACGCAUACUACUUCCUAACACAAGAGUUUGCAUACCACGACAACCUCCGUCGAAAAUCAAAACAAACCGCACGGAAAUAUAGCCGUCUGAUGAAUAACUCCGUGGCGGUAAAUCAGAGUCAACUGCCGACGGAAAACUCCAGCGCUGUUCUGAAUGCCACCAACAAAACCAUACCCCCAGAAACCCUCAUCCUCUUGAGUCUCGGCCCCAAGUUCGCUCUCCCAUACACCAACAUAGCACAGAUGCCGUUCUUCCAUUUGAUCGCGGAUGUCGAAAACAUCCUAGCUAUGCACACGGAUAUCGCCGUCCGGGAACAAACGAGAUGUCAGAUUAUUAACAAGACACAAAACUUCGUCAACAAAAACAGGCCUCUCGGGACCGAUCCACUGGAAAAAUUCUGUCGAACCGCAAGCAACAUCACCAAGAAGUUCAUAAAAACAAACCCGGACAUACUGAUCACCGAAGCUGACAAGGGGAACCGUACAGUCAUAAUGCAUCUGGAUGACUACGAAAGCAAGAUGGCACAGCUGAUCGGGGAUACCAGUACAUAUCAGCAGGUGAACUCGGAUCCAACGAGCCGGUACGAACGGGGCAACAACAACAUUGUCAGGAGACUGUACGCGCUACAGCUGAUAGAAGCCCGAACGAAACACAGACUCACAAGCUACAACGCUGUGUGUCCUCGUAUAUACGGACAGCCGAAGGCACACAAGCCGAGCUUACCGCUCAGGCCAGUGGUUCCCAACACAACAUCUCCUACGUACCAUUUGAGUAAGUUCAUAGCUGAUAUACUCCAAAAUUCGUUCAAGAGUCAGUAUAAUGCUGUUGACUCGAAAACGUUCUGCGCAUACGUCAAUCAAUUGACAAUACCGACAGACCACGUACUGGUGUCUUUUGAUGCAGUAUCGUUGUUCACCAACGUUACUAAAGACGUCGUCAUCCACGACAUCAUUAUGAUGUGGAACGAGAUACAGGUUAAUACGAACAUAAACCUGGAUCUUUUCCUGGAAAUCGUGGACUUCUGCAUAAGUAGCAGUUUCUUUUGUUUCCGCCAAAAAUUCUACCACCAAAUAUCAGGCACGGCAAUGGGAAGUCCGCUUUCUCCAAUAUUGGCUGACAUCGUUAUGGAGAACCUUUUGACGAGAGCAUUACGAACUGCUAACAUUCUUCCGCAGUUUAUACGAAAAUAUGUGGACGAUUUGUUCCUUGUGCUUCAUAAAGACCAAGUGAACGCAGUGCUAGAUGUUUUCAACACAAUGAACCCAAGGAUUGUGUUUACAUCCGAGGUGGAGGUUAACUGUCAACUACCAUUCCUGGAUUUGUUGGUAAUUAGGCUACCAGAUGGCACCAUCAAAACGGACUGGUAUACCAAGCCUAUCGCAUCCGGUAGAAUGCUUAACUUUUUCUCGUUCCACUCCAUGGAUCAAAAACUUUCGGUGGCCAGGAAUUUUAUCGACCGAGUCCGUAGCUUGAGCACCACUCGCAGUUCGGAACAACAAGAACAGCUGAUUCAUACACACCUCAGAAAGAAUGAUUAUCCCUCAGCUCUCAUCAAUCGUCUAUUGCGUCAGACACAGCGUAUAGACACACCGGAGAAACCAACCAUUUAUCGAUCGAUCCCAUACAUCCAAGGCCUGACACCAUCCCUAAAACGGAUAAUACACAGCAGUGGACUCGCUGUUGGGAUUUCACACAGCAACAACAACACAGUGGGGAAGCUGUAUCGUAAUGCUAAAGAUCCGGUACCGGACAUGAGCAAAAGCAACGUAAUAUACAGGAUCGACUGUCAAAACUGCCCCGGCAAAUACAUUGGCAUGACGGCGAAUAAACUCCGCAAUCGCAUGUAUGGACACCAAACCCAUGUCAACACACUGGAACAGCAUCUAGCGCAAGGGCAGCAAUAUACCGAUCUUCCAGUACAACAACUACGGGAAAAAUCAGCAUUGAUCAACCAUUGCAUCACCCACCAACACCGGUUCAACAUUAGCAAUCCCACUAUCGUCGAUAUAACGUACAAGAAGCAAGCUCUGCAAGUGUUGGAAAUGUGCCAGAUCGCGACUACAUCCAACACGGUCAACCAUCGGACAGACACCGAUAAUCUCAGCUGUGCGUACGCACAUUUACUCUCCUCUAUCAAAACCCGAAGAGAGGAGAGUCGUGCGUCGUCUACAAAUAGUUAUAAUCGACCCGAAUCCAACGACUACCCAUCCCAACUAACACAGACAGACACAACCACCCAAACACCACACAAUAUACAAAUCCCUCAGUAAUGUUCGAUCAGCUGUUAGCUCUGGCAGUGUUGGCAAGUGUCGUGGAUCCUCCUGGUGUAGACCUCCCAUUUUGUACCACCCACCCACUACCUUCGGGGGUGCUGGCAGUAAAUGAGACUUGUGCAGUGCAAAUUCAAAACGAGACAAUCAACCGUGAGAUGUACACGGGAUUGGACAAAAUUGAUUAAUUUCGAGUAAGUGUAGUCUUUAUGUAGUCUGUUAACCAUCCUAAUUAAACGAAUAAACCGCAGGCCCUGAAGAAGAUCCCAACAUCUGGAUCGAAACGUUGGCGAUGAGAUAAGAAAAUCAACGCUUUUCUUUGACUGAAAGCCGAAAUCCCCGAGAAUUAAGUCAACUUCCCAGUCGAACCUCUACAAGAAAAUAACUU